CAUCCCUCGCUCCACACACACACUCACGCACACAGUCGGAAUAAGAGUGAGACACAGCCAUGGAGAGGUGGAAGAGAAUCGAUUGUUUUCUUUGUCAUUUUUAAACUGUUACUACUCGUCCCUACGAGCCGACUGGAGGCGCGCGAUGUGCGCCGACAUUCUCGAUGCACUCGGAAGCUGGAAGCGGCCUAUCACGGGAGGAAUUCUUUGGCAGCCACUUCGGUGAAAAUCUGGAUUUGAUCACUUUGAAGCUCGGGCUGUGCUGGGGCUUGGCGUGUGGACACAGUGAGCAUGAGCGUGAGAGCGAAGGAGUUGCUGGUAGACCUGGGGGGCAGCUUCAAUGAGGAUGCCCCGAGACCCCCUGUGCCGGGGGAGGAGGGCGAGCUGGUGUCCAGAGAUGCAUGGCAGUGCGGUCAAGGUUUUCACUCCAUUAAGGGUGAGGCAUCCAUGGCCACACCUCGGCGGGCUGACCUGGACUUGGGCUUUGAGCCUGAGGGUAGUGCCUCCCCCACACCACCCUACCUAAAAUGGGCUGAGUCUCUUCACUCACUCCUGGAUGACCAGGAUGGGAUCCACCUGUUCAUGACCUUUCUCAAGCAGGAGGAUUGUGCUGACAUGCUGGAUUUCUGGUUUGCCUGCAGUGGCUUCCGCAAGCUGGAAGCCAGUGAGUGCAGUGAGGAGAAGAAGCUGAAACUGGCUAAAGCUAUUUACAAGAAGUACAUCUUGGACAGCAAUGGGAUUGUGUCACGACAGAUUAAGCCGGCUACCAAAAGUUUCAUCAAGGACUGCGUGGCCAAGCUCCACAUCGACCCUGCCAUGUUUGACCAGGCCCAAACUGAAAUUCAGACCCUUAUGGAAGAGAACACCUACCCGCUCUUCCUUAAGUCAGACAUCUACUUAGAAUAUACCAGGACAGGUGGUGAGAGUCCAAAGCUGUUCAGUGACCAGUGUUCUGUGCCAGCAAAUGGCAAAGUGCUACCAGGAUACCUGUCAACAGUCAAGGAGGAUGAGGAGUGGCAGUGCGACCGAGAGGCAGAGGAGCAGCCUCUGCGCGAUCAGACCCCCAGCAACCUGCUGACGCAGAAGCUUCUAAUGGAGACUGCUUCACAUCGGGUGGUCCCAAGCAAGAAGUACCAGGAUAACCAGGAGUAUAGAUGUUCAGCAUGGAAGGAGCCAGCCAACCCGUACUAUGUCAACACUGGCUAUGCCCUGGCCCCCACCACGAGUGCCAACGACAGUGAGCAGCAGAGCAUGUCUAGUGAUGCAGAAACCCUUUCCCUAACCGACAGCAGUGUAGAUGGGAUUCCACCUUAUCGUUAUCGCAAGCAGCAUCGGCGAGACAUCCAGGAGAGUGUCAAAGCAAAUGGGCUUGUGCCCCUACCUCAUAUUCCUCGUACAUACCGGAUGCCAAAGGACAUUCAUGUUGACCCAGAGAAGUUUGCAACUGAGCUCAUCUGUCGACUAGAAGGGGUUCUGCGGGAGAGGGAGGCACAGGAGAAGCUGGAAGAGCGGCUGAAGAGGGUCCAGUUGGAGGAGGAGGGAGACAAUGGACAUGUCUCCAUGGUCUCCUCACCUGCGAGCCACAGGACACCCUUCCCCACUCACCCCAUACACUACACUCCUCGCUACUCAGAUCUAAGUUACAGUGGGCUGCCCCUGCGUGAUUCCCAUGAGGAAGACCCGGAGAGCAUCCUGGACGAGCAUGUGCAACGCGUAAUGAAAACACCUGGCUGCCAAUCGCCUGGCACUGGGCACCACUCGCCCAAGUUACACUUGCCAGAUGGCACCCCAUCAGCCCCACCAUCAGCCCAUGGAAAGAACCCAGCCAAGCUGGUGCCUAAGCCAGAGGCCAGAGGCCUGUAUCACCACAAGUACAUGCACCACCAUUCAGGGGCCAAAGAGCAGCUGGAAUUGGACACAGCCCCCAGACUACGUAUGCAGAGUAAUUUCGCCUGGACCACAGAAACGCAUCACUAUGCAAACAAAGCUUGUGGAUAUUCUGACAGCAUGGGCAUGGGUGCCAGUGCUACGGACACCCUCGGACAUAGUAAGGUAAACUCACUAUUAAAGCGAACCCUCAAGAAGGUGGACCUAGGGAAAGCUGACGAAAUAAGGGGCUUUGAGCUGCUGGUAUCCUCAGAGGAGCUAGAGAGGAACCAGAAAAUAAUCCAGUGGAUGAAGGAGGGGGAAAAGGAGGUGGGGCGCCACAAGAAGAAUUCUUGCAGCAACUCUGCCAGCUCCAAGAAAAUCCAGGGGUAUGACGUAUUGCGGUCCACUUCAGCGGAGAGGCCUGGGCAAGUGCAUCCCCGUAUCAGCGCCCAGCUUCGCAACAAUGUGCAGCCCUCACAUCCGUUUAUCCAGGAUCCUACCAUGCCUCCCAACCCAGCCCCAAACCCCCUUACGCAGCUGGAAGAAGCACGCCGACGGCUUCAAGAGGAGAGGAAGACGUCUGGUACCCUCCAGGCAAAGCAGCGGUAUGUGCUGGAGGUGAUCCAGAGAGGCCGUUCAGCUGCGAGGCCCGCUCUGUUCCCACCACUCAGCAUGGUGCCUGCUGUUUCCGACAUUGAUCUCUAUGAGCCCGAGCAAAAGGGGAUGAAGAAAGCAUCACUUGAGAAUGUCACUGUGGCGUACUACUUCUGUGGCGAGCCAAUUCCAUACAGAACAUCGGUCAAGGGCAGGAUUGUCACAUUGGGACAGUUCAAAGAGCUGCUCACUAAGAAGGGGAGCUACAGGUAUUACUUCAAAAAAGUGAGUGAUGAAUUUGACUGCGGUGUGGUUUUUGAGGAGGUCCAUGAGGAUGAUGUGAUCUUGCCUAUUUUCGAGGAGAAAAUUAUCGGGAAGGUGGAGAAGAUUGACUGAAGAAGGUUUGGGGCAAAGUGAUCAAUACAUCAACAAGCGCCUUCCAUUGGUCAGUCAUGGAAACUGGGGUGGCCAUGCUACUUGACGAAGUACAAAAAAUGCAUUCCACAAGGGAGAACCGAGGGACGGUUGGUCAGUGGUACAAAGCACGUAUGAUGUUCUAGUGAGAGCAUUGUGGAGAAUAAGUAACUGGGGCACUAUGGAAAGUCCAACACUGACCUUUGCUUCCAAUGCAACCCAGGGGGCUCCUCUUAUUUUUUCUUUACUGCUUU